AUGGAACCCCUUUCUCCGCUUCCCCCGCACCUGGGGCCCUCGCUCGGCCCAUCGCCGGUCGUCCCUCCUCUCACACUCGCGCCGCUCUCGCGUCCGCCCUCCUCGGGACCUCCAUCUCAGCCGUCCCGGCCCCCGCUCUCCCCGCCGGCGGGGUACGUGCGGAGCGUGCACGCGUGCCCGGCCGCUUAUCCGCGGAUGUACGAGGGCACGUUCUCGCGCGAGUCGUACCCUUUCUCCCCCAUCCCCGAGGACGAGUCGAAGAAGGCGCGCGCGGCCAGAAUCGAAAAGGACAAAAUCACGUGUGCCGAGUCUGCGCGCGCGGCGGCCAAGAACGAGGGAUCUGGAUGGAAGACCAACCACGGCGACGGGCUUUGGUUGAGCGUCGAGCGGUGGAAACGCGAGAAUCCCGUCGAGGGCGGCGCCACGCUCGUCAUGCUCCACGCUAACGGCAUGUUGAAGGAGGAUUACCAUCCCCUCCUUGUGUCGCUUUUCGCAUCGUCUCCGAACGCGCAGUUUGGCAAUCGCGCUCCCCUCCCCGGAGGAGUGGCGGUGGUGAAUGACGUCUUCCUCCUCGAAGACACUCUGCACGGCGCCUCAGUCGAUCUGAACGCCGGCAAGCUACCCAGCCUUCACAGCUGGGGUGACCUGGCGCGCGACCUCCAAAACUUUCUCCGGUACUGCAUGCCGGGACUUGAUGAGAACCCGGGCUGGGCGCUGGAGUGGAAAGAGCGCGCCCCGCGCAAGGUCUUCGCGGUUGGCCACUCGUUUGGCGGUAACGCCUCGGUGCAGGCCGCCGCGGCUUCCCCAGAACUGUUCGAGGGCCUCUUCCUCAUUGAGCCAAUGACCAACCCGACUGGGGCAAACAACUCUCCGGCGCGUCAUUACUUCAUCCAAGGCCUCACGCUGAAACGGCGCGACACUUGGCCAUCCGUCGAGGCUGCCCAGGCGAACCGCUCCAAUCCCAUGUUCUCCAAGUUUCCCGACGCGACCUUUGGCCUAUGGCUAUCGCAUGGCCUUGUACCGACUCGAACUGGCGAGGUGACGCUGGCCACGCCACCAUGGUGUGAGGCGGUCGUAUUCUCCGACUGCCACUCGCCCCAACGUGGGUGGGACCUCUUGCCCACCUUGAAGAUGCCGGUUGGCUUUGUCACGGCUGAGGACGCGUCGUGGAUUGGUGGAGCGGAGAUUGCAGCUGAGAUUACGAGCCGGCCGCCGCGGGCGCGGAAUGAGCGGACGCGCGCUGGCCACGUCGCCGUGCAGGAGGACCCUGUGGGUGUCGGAGAGGCGCUGGGACGAUACCUGGCGACCAUUCGGGCGGGUGUGUGGGAUGCCACGGGGAGCAGGUUGUAG